AUGCAAAGGAGGGUGAAGAGAUCUCGACGCCAUAAGCAAAGAGCAUCUAAAGGAGCGAAAAGUCGUUCACGAUUCGAGACGGAAAUACCCAGCUCGGAAAGCUUCAAGACUAGCACCGAGGUAGAAGGAACGUUCAAGACGUCGCGUACGAGUACCUCCUCGUCGUCAGAAGGUACUCUCGACGAAACGCAAAUCCGGCCGCCAACGUCACGCCCAAAGAAAUCGCCGCAACGGAAAUCUAGAGCCAAAAGGUCCACGGCAGCAUGGCAUGGCCCUCCCCCUGUGCUUCCGCAGUUUACACCUCCUCAGCGUCAGUUUCCGCCUCAGGUACCGUAUCCGUCCAGGCCGCGUGCCCCCACUCCAAAAGCAAAAGAACCUCCACCAUACCGGGAAUCCACCUACGACCCGUUUAAGCCUCCUCCUCGUUCCUGGCCUGGAACAUCCGGUCCUCAAGGCGGAAUAUCUCCAUGGUUUCCUCCACGAAUACCCCCUUACGAUCCGUUUAGGCCUCGCUCUCAUUCCCUGCCUGCAGCACCCCAACCACUCCCAGAAGAAGACGAUAGGACGAUAAUUCCGGGGGGAACAGCAACGUUUUUCCGCAAGGUGCCGCUGCGUGCGGGUGCCCCUCUGAAGAUGCAUUAUACAGAGCGUGACGAUCCAACGAUUGUCCACGGCGAAACAACGAAGUUUUUCAAAGGUGAAAUAAACUAA